UCAAUAGAGGACGAGUCGUCGCUAGACGUAUCGUCUUCAUCACGUACCGCACAGUCGGACGAGGGUAUACUUACGGAGAGUGCAGCAUCUGGGGAGAAAAAAGCUGUUCACGAGCAGGUCGAACAGGACUUCAAAAACUCGCCGCCUGCUACGACAUAUCACCACGCGACAUCUAGCAGUGACGACACGACAAUGAUGUCAUCGUUUCAUGCCCAUAUAGGACCGGAUCCACUUGGAAUGAGCCUGAAACAGGUGAAGAAUUGA